UCCCACCCACCACCCGCCUUCCUUCCCCAUUCCCCGCCUUCCCCAGGCUGCGCUCCUAGAGGCUGCCGCCAGGGCAGAGCAAUACAAGAGCAGGCGGGGCCGGGGGCGGGCGGAGGCGGAGGCGGCUUGCCGUGGGAUGAGCCUGGCUUCUGGGAGGCGGUAUAAAAGCGUCGGCGCCUUUCCCUGCCGCGCUGCAACGUACUCGGAUCUUAGCUGCAGCGUUCCCGGUUUCUCCCGCGCUGCUCUCGGCUUGAGCUCUGCGCCCCCUGCCUUGGUCUAUGGUGCUUCCCGGAGCCCCCGGCACCGUCAUGUCGCGCUCGGAGGAGGUGCAUCGGAUCACCGAGAAUGUCUACAAGACUAUAAUGGAGCAGUUCAACCCCAGCCUCCGGAACUUCAUUUCCAUGGGAAAGAACUAUGAAAAAGCCUUGGCAGGUGUGACUUUUGCAGCAAAAGGAUACUUUGAUGCUCUGGUUAAAAUGGGAGAAUUGGCCAGCGAAAGCCAAGGAUCUAAGGAACUAGGGGAGGUACUGUUCCAAAUGGCCGAAGUCCACAGACAGAUUCAGAAUCAGUUGGAAGAGAUGCUGAAGUCCUUCCACAAUGAGCUAUUAACACAACUGGAGCAGAAAGUAGAACUGGAUUCACGGUAUCUAAGUGCUGCUCUGAAGAAGUACCAAACCGAGCAAAGGAACAAGGGGGAUUCGCUAGAGAAGUGCCAGGCUGAACUGAAGAAGCUCCGGAAGAAGAGCCAAGGGAGCAAGAACCCUCAAAAAUACUCUGACAAGGAGCUGCAGUUCAUUGAAGCUAUCACCAACAAGCAGGGCGAGCUGGAGAACUACGUCUGCGAUGGAUACAAGAUGGCGCUCACAGAAGAGAGGCGGAGAUUCUGUUUCCUGGUAGAGAAGCAGUGCGCGGUGGCCAAGAAUGCCCUCACCUACCAUUCUAAGGGGAAAGACAUCUUGGCGCAGAAACUCCCUGUGUGGCAGCAGUCCUGCUCCGACCCCAACAAGAUUCCAGACCGCGCUAUCCAGCUCAUGCAGCAAAUGGCCAUCAGCAGCAAUGGGACCAUCAUGCCCAGCCCCCUCUCUACAUCCAAGUCAAACCUCAUCAUCUCAGACCCUAUUCCUGGUGCCAAACCACUCCCUGUCCCACCAGAGCUGGCACCUUUUGUAGGACGAAUGUCUGCACAAGAGACCAUUCCAGUAAUGAACGGUGUCUCCAGCUCAGAAGGCGAAGAUUACAACCACUGGUCCGACAGGAAGCCUCCUCAGCCUAAGUCCUUAUCCCCACCCCAAACUCAGAAGCAGCUGAGCGACUCUUAUUCCAACACGCUUCCCGUGCGCAAAAGUGUCAUGCCGAAAAACAGCUACGCAACCACUGAAAACAAGACUCUGCCCCGUUCCAGCUCCAUGGCAGCAGGGCUGGAAAAGAACGGCCGGACAAGAGUACGAGCCAUCUUCUCUCAUGCUGCCGGGGAUAACACCACCCUGCUGAGCUUCAAGGAAGGAGACCUCAUUACGUUGCUAGUGCCUGAGGCCAGAGACGGGUGGCACUAUGGAGAGAGCGAGAAGACAAAAUUGAGAGGCUGGUUUCCUUUCUCCUACACACGUGUGCUGGACAGUGAUGGGAGCGAAAGGUUGCACAUGAGCCAAGGGAAAAGCAGUAGCACAGGGAACCUGCUGGACAAAGAUGACAUCCCCCCUCCAGAUUACAGCAUGUCUUCCCGAGCUUUCCAGUCACAGAACGUCAACACCUUCAAACAGAGGCCGUACAGUGUGGCAGUGCCUGCUUUUGCCCAGGGACUGGAUGACUAUGGAGCAAGACCCUCAAGCAGCUCAGAUGUUGAAGUGGCCAGGUUUUGAGAGGUGUCCCCUGACUGUGUAUAGUUGAAUCCUUUUGCCAAUGUCCAACUCAAACCAACGGUGACGAACGAUCGUUCCGCUCCUCUCAUCAGCUGAUCUCCAGGGAUAUUGGGCGACGGCGGGUACCUCGCACCUUUUUGAGUUUCACCUGUGUGGCAUUUCUGUGGUGUCCUUGUAAAGCACACGUGUCUAUCUUUCCACAACUCUUUAUUUUUGUAGUUAGACUGAAUCUCCGCCUUCUGCUUGAGAAGCAGAAGUUGGUGCACUCAUUUUCUUUAUUUUUGUCUUUAGAACAGAAGAUAUACCUUGGCCUUUGGAGUGAUAAGUACCUCAAAGAGUACAUGAUGUCUCUGUUGUGAAUGGAGAGCUAGAACUAUGAACUAGGCCAUGUAGUCUGUUCGGUUAUAGACUUACGUUCGAAACCUUCUAAGGGUGAUAAUAAGCUAGGAAAGCUAGUAUGAGCAGGAUGAGACAUUCCGUUUUGCAAUUAUCUUAUUUCUCAAUUAAUUUCUUGUGGAGGUCUCUUGGCACAAUCAAACGUGUGGAUUUGAAUAAAUUGAGCCUCUGGACUUCAGUGGUUGUCAAUAAAAACUUUAGCACUGCCCGGUGUCACCAGACAGCGGCUGCUAGCAGCUGCAAGUCUGUACUGCACAGCUCUACAGCCAGAGCAGUGCAAUAUAUAGAUGGAAGACUCACUGGCUCAUUUUGACAUGUGCUGCGCUUUCACUGGGUAGCCCUCUCCUUAAACUUAGCACAACCAGACUCCAAAAGCUCUCCCCUCUAGUUACCCUUUUAAUUUUCAUGACCAGUCCAGAUCGCUGCAAGUAUGGAAUGAAGUAAAAGGCAGGUCGAACUUCACAAGGUAGUCAUCCUGUGCCUGAUCAUAGUCAAAUUGUUAUUUUUCAUGUUGUGUGCACAUGGCUAUGGUGCAUCAAGUAGGGAAACGCCCUUUUGAGUUGCUUUUCAGUGAGCACCAGCCCCCUUCUCACUAGAACUCCUUGCUAAUUAGCUAGGCUGGGGGAGAACCCUAACAGUUAACAAAGCUAGCUUAUCUCUCUCUCUCCUGCCCACCCCUCUUUCUGCCCUGAACUCCUCUUCCAGUGGAAUUCUUCUCUACACAUACUGCCUGGCGCAGUGUUUCAGUGUCCAUGCCACAGGAAGAAGCCAGCUUAGGCAGCCUGGCCCCAGUUUGGUACUGCAGGUCAAUGCCAUUAGUAUUACUCUUGGGCAGUGAACCAGGACCUUGCAGAGUUCCUCUUUUUGUUGCUCUUUAUAGCCUGCUUUUCUUUCUAAGAUGCCCUUGCCUUUGCCUUAACAACAGGGGUGGCUAAGCUGUGGCCCUCUAGGUUUGUUGGACUCCCUUCAGCUCCAGCCAUCAUGGUCAGUGGUCAGGGAUUAUGGGACUUUUAGCCCAGAAAUACCUGGAGAACCACAGGCUAGCUGCUCCUGCCUUACAAUGUGAAUGUUAGAAUGUAUUCAUAAGAAGCUUUUGCAUAUGCUGUUGAGCUGGAGGGACCAAAGUUCCCUAAAGCUUCAAUGCACAACACUCAGUUUUGCAUGGCUAUCCCAGCAAGGUGAUGUUAGCGUGCACUUCCAAACUGGAAAGGCGGGAUCUGUACUACUGUCUCCCCUAACAGCAGCAGUCAACUUGCAGAUCACUCUUGGGGUCGCAGGAUUGGCUUCUGAUGCACAUUCAUGAUUUCUGGCCAAGUUUCCUCUUGCUGGAGUUCAUCCGCAAUCUGACUUCUAAUGAAAGGUAAUUCAGCCAUCCAUCCUGGGAAGUGGCAGCUGUCUCUCAUCUCUAAACCUACCAUGAGAUACUGCAGGCACCUUGGCGCCUCCUUCAAAAUCCCAGUCAGAAGUAAUUUGGGGGCAAGCUACGCAAAUGCAUGUUGUGAUGUGAUUGCUAAGGAAGGCAGGACUAUCAGGAGUUUCUCUUGGAAGUUGGGUGAGAAGAUGAGCCAGGGGCUUUGUAUCUCUCUCCUCCAUGCAUGGGAAAGCAGCUUGGUGUGUUUGAGUAGGCAAACAUUUACCAAAGAAGGGUUAAGCGGGCCAUCUCCUUAACUGCUGCCAGUACGCCCUAAUUAAUAAUAAUAAUAAUAAUAAUAAGCAUUAGGGGAAAGAGAGCAGCCACAUGUGGAUUCAAGUUGAAGAACCACAGAGCUGCCUUGCGUCGUUUGGUUCUCAGAUAAAACACACAUGCAAAUUGAGAAGGUUUGAUGAUUAAUAUAAAGUGAGGGCACAGAGUCUAGAGUCUAAAACAAAUAAAUAAAAUAAAAUAAAUAAAAUGCAUCCGCAGUGCCAGCCUCACAUUCAGAGGGGCUGAGAUCUCACUAGUAUUCUACAUGGAAAGGCAUCAUUGCUUGCAUUUUUACUAAUGCUCAUGAUGUGCUUCCAUACAUGUCUCUACACCUUUAUUUUUGUACAGAGAUAAUGUAUUUUAAGUACAGACCAAUUAUUGUUUGUUCCUGUUUGGGACAGAUAAUCUGGCAAAUGCCGACCUUGGCCGACAGCUGCAAUUCUAGGCAGUUCCUUGCUUAUGAGUAAACAUGCAGGUCCUGUGUUGCAGCCAGCGUGCCUGAGUGUAUCCUGCCUGUUUCUAUUACCUUCCUCCCUCUGAAAUAUAUUUCUCUCUUGCGCUUAAUAAUUACCUCAGGGCUUUGUCCACAGGAGUGUGAUGAGGUUUCUCAGCCAGAGCUUUAUAUUUUGAGAAAUGGCACAGAGCCAUACUAUGCAGAAAGGUCAAAUUCUACUUAGAUGAAGAGACUCUUGCCAGAUUUAUUAUUAUUAUUAUUUAUUUCUAGCUCUUUAUUCACACUUGUCUCAAGCCAGCAACAAGGGUAGAAAGUAUCCCAUCCCAAUGUAGUAAUGGUUGCAGGAGCGCAGCCCAGUUUGCAGAGUAAUGUUACACUCUAGUUCUGGCAGAAGUGACCAAGAUGCGGGCAGCAUAAAGGCACCUGGACUUCGAGGUUUCCUAGGUUAAUAAUAUUAUCAUGCCCUCUGACCCUCUGUGCAAAGACACACCAUGUCAAUUCAAGGCUUUGAACACCAUUAUGUGCCUAAGGGACAAAGUACUAGUGUUACAUGACAAAAGGGAGGGCGGUAAAUCUCCAGUUAAAAUGCAGCAACUCAGUGUUUGAGAUGGGCACGUUUAAUGUGUUUUUGAGAAUAGGGAGCAACCGUACAUCAGCCUGUUUCGAUCCAGAAGUGGUGACUUGCUAACAUUUCGUGCUGGAAGAGGGACACUGAGCAGCUGCUUGUGGUAUCAAAUUUAUCUGUCUACAUCAGCAACCACCGCCGCCACCCAGAACAGAAGGAAAUACAGCAGUCAGCAGCUGGCUCGUAGCAAAAACGAAUAGAAGGUACAAGCUACCAAACUGUUCAGCUCCAUGUGGAACACUGAAGAGGGUAGUGGAAGCACCUCUCUACAAGAUUACGUAGGAGAACUUCAUGAAUACUUACCGCUGGCAAGCCCCCAUAUCCCUUCUCUGUUGCUCCAGCUUGAAGGCUUGUGCAUGCCGGUCGUUGCUGUUGUAGCCACACAUGCCCUAGGGAUUAGUGCUCAGGAGUUGUCUCUCUUUCAGAAAUGCAGUGUGGCAGCCAUUUAAUGCUCCAGGUAAAAUGUGCUAUGUGGCUUCUCAGCAGUUGGGUCUUCAAAGGAGGCCCAGCACUGCUUUCCUUCCUUGCUUGCUGCUACAGACUAACCCAAUUGCAUUUGUGAAGCAUUUAGCAUUUCUGUAAAUUAAACACUUAUUUAAACUGCA